UCGAUAUUAAAACAUCGCAAGCUCGGCCACACUCAGCACGGCACGUCACAGUUUAAUUUGUUAUUUAUUUAUUUAUUUUUCUUUGCCAACAGUCAAACGACACAACAAGAUGAGUGCAUUAUUCAAUUUCCAAAGCUUAUUGUCGGUCAUUCUGCUGCUGAUAUGCACCUGCGCCUAUUUGCGCUCGCUCUUUCCCAGCAUCAUUGAUCGCAACAAGACGGGACUACUGGGCACAUUCUGGAAGCUGGCGCGCAUUGGGGAACGCAAAUCGCCGUGGGUUGGUGCCGCCUGCCUGAUAAUGGCUUUUACUGUGCUCUUUUGGAGCUAAAAUAAAUGGUGGAUUGAAUGGCAACAAAUAGUUUUAAGAGCA